AUGGUAGAGUUUGAAGGUUUGAGCGUUCCAAUAUCACACCUAGGUCGUGUCAUUCGUGUUGCCGGAGAAGUUUCGUUAAUGGGCCAUAAUCUAGAAACAACAACUGAACGCCUCACAGUACUGACGCAGUGCAACGCUCCUAUUGUAAAACUCCUAGCUAACUACAAGCACGGAAUCCUCCUUGUGAUAACUGAGGAAAAUAUGCUGAUCGAAUACCAAUUUAAUGAUGAAUACUGCCGUAGUAUGACAGAAUCAUUCAGGCUUAAAUUAGCUUCCCAGCUAAACGAACGUCCCUGUUUCAUUUGGGCCGGUGAAAUGGUACUUGCAAUGGCGCUUGGUGAAGGUGUGAUUCGAAUGUGGGACAUAAAAAAAGCUGACAAUUACACAUUGUCACCAAGGUCCACCAGUGACUUGCGUACUAAAAGCUCUACUACAAUCGAAAUACUGGCGUUUUGUCCCAAGCACGAGCUUCUAGCAGCUGGCAUGAGUGAUGGGCGUAUUGCGAUUUGGAAGCAUACGGAUGUGACACCUUCUCAUAACGCAUUCACUGCCGAAAAGGAUAUCCACAGUUACUAUUCCAAGACAAUGGAGCCUGUUUUUGGCACCUUUGAACCGGAGUCAUGUUGGCGUGCACAGCCUAUCAUCGACUUGUUCGUGAACCAUGCAGAAGAGCACCUCCGAGAUUCCUGCACAAACACAGCCAUCAGUGCGCUUGUCUGGGAUCCUACAACAGGCCUGAUGGCCGCCAGUUAUGGUUACUCUUCUGAUCCCGCAAAUGGUGAAGUUACAAUAUAUUACCCUGCUAGGUGGCUUUAA